UAUCUGAAACGACCCAGACCCACUAGAGAGAAUCAACUUCUGUGGGAGACAAACUGUGAACCAAUCACAUCAACAGCUAAAUAUGCAAAAAAUGUUUCUCAUUAUUCAUCAGAUUCCUGAAAUCAUUCUAUUCACGUAUCUGAAAUGACCCGGACCCACUAGAGAGAAUCAACUUAAGUUGCUGAAAAGAAGAAAAGAUUGAACAGCAAAGCAACUAUGGGGAGGAUUCGAUUGGUUGUAUCAGAUUUUAUAAUGUCUUUCUUGUGGAUAUGGUCAGGGGCUUUGAUCAAGGUGUUUGUGCACAAGGGUUUGGGUUUGGGGCAAGAAACAAGUGGUGAGGUGAUUAAAGGUGUUUUGGGGAUUCUCCACAUGUUUUUAUUUGCAUUCUUGACAAAACUUAGCAAAGGAGCUGCUUAUAAUCCUUUGACCGUUUUGGCUGCUGCUGCUUCCGGGGAUUUCUCUCGCUUUCUCUUCAAUGUUGGAGCUAGAAUCCCUGCUCAGGUAAUUGGAUGUAUUACUGGAGUAAAGCUCAUCAUUGACACGUUCCCUGAAAUCGGAGUCGGUCCUCGUUUGAAUGUCGACAUUCAUCAAGGUGCAUUGACGGAAGGAUUACUAGCAUUUGGAAUAGUUACCAUUUCACUUGGACUGGCAUUAAAAAUCCCAGGAAGUUCCUUGAUGAAGACAUGGAUCUCAAGUGUCUCCAAGUGUGCUCUACAUAUUCUAGGCGCUGACCUGACCGGUGGAUGUAUGAAUCCAGCUUCUGUGAUGGGAUGGGCGUAUGCUCGCGGAGAUCAUAUAACCAAGGAGCAUAUACUUGUAUAUUGGCUCGCUCCAAUGGAGGCAACUCUGCUGGCUGUGUGGACAUUUAAGUUGGUAGUUCAGCCACUAAUGGAGGAUAAUACAGACUUCAAGUCCGGAACAGAAUGAUGAAAUUCAUUUCCUUUUGUGUUGAAACUGGGAUGGGUAAAAUUGUUGGCUCUGGCCAAAGAAAUUGUCAAGAGCCUAUUAUGGUAACUUAUUAAAAUUUAGAGUAAAAUUUAGUUAUAAAUUAUUGAUAUUGUAAUCCAAUGAAUAGAGAGAUAAAUUGAAA